AAUUAUGCAUCCAUUGAUUCCUGAAGUCAACCGUUGAAUCUGGGGAGGGUGUAAACCAAUAUCUUAUAUAUAUAAACCAUUUCUCAAGGUGUGAAACGUGAAUCAGCUUCAAGUAUACUUUUCUUUUCCAGAUAUUCGAAAGAACUUGUUUGGCAUAGUUGAAAUAAGCCAAUGGAGAUGGCUGGAUCAUCGAAUGCACCUGAUGUUUCUACACCAACACAUGAUAUGAAAUUUAUGCAGGCAUCAAAUAUCAACGUCUCCAACUUUGUUUCAGUGAAGCUUUCCGGGCUCAGCAACUAUAAGAUCUGGAAGGCUCAGAUGCUUUGCCUUAUAAAGAGUCAGGUGUUGCUUCACAUCAUUGAUGCUAACCAUCCUUUCCCAGUGGAUAAGGAUGUCCACAUGAUCGAGCAAUAUAAUGAACUUGUCAAAGGUUGGAUUUUUGGUUCUGUGAACGAAAAUGAGCUCAAGGAUUUGGUAGACAUGGGUACGGCACAAGAGGUGUGGAUGAAACUAGAAUCCCUCUUUAAUCUACCAGUAAGUGAUACAGAAGGUGUUCCAUCCAAUGUAAUUGAUGUUUCUACACGAACAGAAGACUUGAGAUAUAUGCUGGCAUCAAAUGUUGACGUCUCCGACUUUGUUUCAGUGAAGCUUACCAACUACAACUAUGAUGUCUGGAAGAGUCAGAUUCUUUGCCUCAUAGAGAGUCACGACUUGCUUCACAUCAUUCAUGCAAAAGCUCGUUUUCCAUGGGAUAAAGGUGACCCCAUGACUCAAGCAUAUGACAAGCUUGUCAGAGGUUGGAUUUUGAAUACUAUAACCAACUACGUGCUUGAAGAUUUCCAUUUCUAUCGAUCGGUACAAUUGCUGUGGAGGAACCUAGAAUUGCGUUCUGCUAGUGCAGCAGAAUUAUCAUUGCCGGCUUCAGCAGAGCUUUGCUCUCCGUCUAAAAGAUUUGCCUAUACUGAUGAAGCAGAUGCAUUAAUAUACAAGCAGGCAUCAAAUAUUAAGGUCUCCAACUUUGUACCAGUGAAGCUUUCUGUGCGCCUCUACUAUCAUGUCUGGAAGGAUCAAAUGCUUCGCCUCAUAGAGAGUCAGGACUUGCUUCACGUCAUUCAUAUCAAUAUUCGUUUUCCAAAGUCUGAAUGUGACAAACUUGUCAAAGAUUGGAUUUUGGGUAGUAUGAACGAAGAACUGGUCAAAGAUUUCACAGACUGCGAUUCGGCAAAGGAUUUAUGGACAAAACUAGAAUCCCACUUUACAGACGGUGAUUCAUGGCCUGAUUCUGUUGUUUCUGCGUCAACACAAGACCUGAAAUACACUCAGGCAUCAACUGUUAACGUCUCCAACUUCAUUUCAGUGAAGCUUUCCGGCCAAAGCAACUAUCCUAUCUGGAAGCUUCAGAUGCUUUUCCUCAUUAAAAGUCAGGAGUUGGUUCACGUCAUUCAACAAGAAGGUCUUCGUAUACUGGUUAAAUAUGACAACCUUGUCAAAGGUUGGAUUUUUAGUACUAUGAGCGAAGAUCUAUUCAAGGAGUUCAUAUAUCUGGAAGACUAUCCCGUAAGUUAUGUAUGGAAUUGGCUAGCAAACAUCUAUGAUCGACCAAAAAGCGAAGGAGUUACGUUCGGAAUAGAAUUUAUAAAAGAUGCUCCAGAUAUAGACACUCAUGAUAUAGAAACAGAGAGUUCACCCAGAAUUCGAGAAACACAACUAAAGAAAGAAUUGUACAAAGCUGCAGCUGAAGGGUGGUGGAGGAAAGCAAAAUCCAUAUUGGAAAAUAAUAAAUUUGCAGCCACAGAGGCUAUCACUGCGAAUGGCAACACAAUCCUUCACGUAGGGGUUGAAAUGGGCCACAACUACUUCGUUGAAAAACUGUUGGAGUUUUUAGAAGACGUAAAAGAUAUCGAAAUGAAAAAUGAUAAGGGUCAAACAGCCCUACACAUUGCUGCAAUAGUUGGUAAUACACACGCGGCCCAACUCUUGGUUCAGAAGAGUAGCCAAUUGUUGGAGUACAAAGACAAUAACAAUGUUUUACCAAUGCAUCUUGCUUCUGCCAAUACAAACCUCGAUACAUAUGCAUAUUUGUUCGAAUCUCGUACACCACCUUGUGAUUCACACUUUGAGUCAUAUAUGAGUAACCAAACUGCUUUCUUAGCUGCUAUUUUCUCAAAACAUUAUGAUUUGGCAGAGACAUUGCUCAAGGAAUCACCUAAUAUUGCUAUGGAAAACGAAGAGAUGUUAAAGGCAAUAACUACAACCUUCCCAACUGAUCUUGGCUUCAGGGAAUCUUUAAUCUAUCCAUCUUUCCACUAUGUCUGUCAGAAAACAGUCGUGAGAUGCUCUUUGCUAUUUCACCCAGAUAGAUGCGUCGAUAACAUCUUACGGGUAGUGAAAAUCUGUAAUAACACGGGCUGCAACUUGUUGGGGAAGAAUUCCGUGAUAUUACUUGUACUAAUAGCCACACUUUAUCCAAUAUAUCAGUUGAUUUGUCUCCUCAUUCUGUUGCUUCAUUUAUCCUUUUCUAUGUUGUAUUUACUUCUAUGGAAAGUUUUAGCAAUUACUGUGCCUCCAAUCAAGAAUAUAGAGAAGAAGAGAAAAGAGUACAAAAAAGCAAAAAAUAUCUUGAGCUUGAUAUGUAAAAUGAAGGGCCCAUCAGAUGUAGGUUACAGUGACUCAUUUUUUGAAGCUGUGCGCCAAGAUCGAUACGAAGUUGUUGAUGAGAUUUUAAUGAAUUCACCAGAUACAAUCAAUUUGAAGGAUGCAGAUGGGUAUAAUAUCAUUCAGUUAUCCAUAAUGAACCGUGCUGAAAAAGUAUACAACCUUAUCUAUCACAUAAUUGAGCGCACAAAGUCUCGUGGGGAAAUGACCGAUUCUUCUUCAAAUAAUCUUGCACACUUGGCUGGAAGAUUGGCACCUUCAUUUGUACUCAGUCGUACCACAGGCGCAGCAUUGCAACUACAACGUGAACUUUUAUGGUUUAAGGAAGUGGAGAGGCUCAUGUUACCAUUAAAACUUAUGGAAAAGAAUAUAUAUAAUGAGACACCAGUAAUAGUGUUCGCAAGGGAGCACCAUGAUUUGCUGAAGCAAGGAGAAAUAUGGAUGAAGACAACUGCUGAAUCAUCCAGCAUCACUGCUGCAUUAAUUGUCACUGUCGCAUUUGCAGCAGCAAUCACUGUACCCGGUGGAAGCAAUCAAGAAUCUGGCAUCCCCGUGUUUGGAAAAGAAAUCCCCUUCAUUGUCUUUGCUGUAUCCAAUGCAUCCUCACUUUUUACAGGCGUUACCGCACUCUUAUUGUUCUUAUCAACGAUCCUCACCGCAAGUUCUUCCGAAAAAGAUUUUCAGGUCAUUUUACCAAGAAGGCUGAUUUUUGGACUCGUGAUGUUAUUCCUCUCAGCAAUUACCAUGAUGGUAGCCUUUGGUGCAAUCUUUUUCCUUGUCUUUUGUGAUAGAAGACCAUGGAUGCUGGCACCAAUAGCUGUAUUUGCUUGCUGGCCAAUUUUAGUUAUCGUUGCUAUAAAACUUCCCCUACUAGCAAACUUGAUCCAAUCAACAUUUUUCCCCUUGUUUGGUGAGAAAAGUUACCUUAAGUCUUGUAAUAUUAAUAAGAAAAACACAAUAUUUAUAUGAAGUGGAAUUCCAUUAUGCAUUGCAA